AUGGACGAAGGAAGGUUAUGCCUCAGUGAUGAAGACUGGAAUCGAUUUGCUUGUCACGUUGCAAGUGUCGCAAUACAGGAAGUCAGAGGAUUUGCAGUAACCGCUGCUAUUAUGGCAGUCAGACAAAAAAGCUUCCGAUCAGCUUUUGCGCAAGAAAUCAAUGUUUUAAUGUCAAAUUACGUCUUAUUGGGAAAAAAAAUCGGGCAAGGACUCCCGGAACUUGUGGCACACCUUUUGAUUGCUAAUUGGCCGCGAGAACACGCUCGAUGUGAUCUGGAAUCGAAUGAUAUUUUAUUCUGUAUCGUUUCGUCGAUUAAGGGCUGGUUGGAAACAAUAAUUGGGGAGGCAGAUGAGAUUGAAGAGAUUGAAUCCAACUGUGCUUGUGCACUGUAUGAAGUGUGUCGUUUCGCGCAGCGAAAACUUUGGAUGAAAUGGCCAGAAUUAGUGGAUGAAUGUUAUGCUGCCGUAAGAGAUGGUAUAACCUUAAAUAUCACAUUAACCAAGGAAGCACGAAAAGCAUUGUUAGAUACCAUGAUUAUGAUGCACGAAUGGACUAGUCGGCAUGCAAAAACACUGGUUAAUGUCAGCACACAGACUUAUAGAACUCGAGUUUAG